AUGUCUUCGGAGACGAUUCGCAGAUGUCCCUUUGUGAUGCCCAACAAGGGCCGUGCGUGCGGGGUCCAGCUCCGUAGCGACACGCCUUUCUGUUACAACCACAUGCCGGGCGGCGAGUCCUUUUCCAAGGUGAAAAACGGUAAAACUAUCACCAGAGUGCCAUGUCCUUUGGAUCCGUCGCACACCGUUUGGUCCGACAAACUGGCCCGCCACACGAAAACGUGCAACGCGUUGAAGAAACGACAGGAGUUCGAGCGUAACCAGCGCGAGUUCCCGUGGCUGGUGGAAAAUUUCAACGUCCAGGAUGAACCUGCUCUUAGCAACAAGCCUAUGGACUAUGCCGAGUUUGCACAGUUCAUUCAGCGGUUCGACCGUCAGUUUACUUCUUUGGAGCUGCCUCCACUUGAAACAAAUCAGAUCGACUACAAGCACGGCCUGGAAGACCGGUUGAGCGAGCUCAGCAACAAGAAGCACGUUACGCAACAGUCGUCGCUUAUCGGCCAUCUGGCCCACGAGAAGCUUCUUGGUGAAAACGCCGUGUAUGUGGAGUUUGGAUGCGGCCGGGGAGAGUUUUCGCGGUAUCUUCUUAGUGCGUUGGAGGCCGAUCCAGAGGUGGUUGCAAAAAACGACCAGUUUCUGCUUAUCGACCGCCAGUCGCCGCGAAUGAAGUUCGACAUGAAAAUGAAGAACGAGUCGCAUGUCGCAGGACUAGAGGUCACGCGGUUCAAGUCAGACAUCAAAGAUCUGGAUCUCGCAGCAGCAGUUAAACAGCUCCCGUCUCCAGGUAAGGUGGUGGGGAUAUCCAAACAUUUGUGCGGAACGGCAACUGAUCUGACGUUGCGGUGUCUGAUCAACGCUGUUCGCGACGACAAGUUCCAGUUCGGAGCGUUUCUCGUGGCAAUGUGCUGUCGUCACGCGUGUAAGUACAAUUGGCUGCUCCCUGAGUCGAGAGAGUAUCUGCAAGAAAAGUUCGGGAUCAACGCCCAGGAAUUUCUGUAUCUUUCCAAGAUGGCAUGUUGGACCACGAACGGUGUGCGGCCGGGGCUCUCGUCCUCAGACGGCCAGGACCACUUCUCCAAGCUGAAUCUCCAGGAACGGACUCGCAUCGGCUACCAGGCCCGUCGCGCUAUUGACGAGAGCCGUGUGCACGCGAUGCGCCAGCGCGGCUACUCCGUGGCCCUGUUCAACUACGUCACCUCCGACGUAAGCAUCGAAAACAGCUGCAUGCUGGUGCGGCCGCUGGUCCCCGAGCCCCAGUAA